UUGAAUUUUCUUUAUCCCGUUUCCCAAAACCAUUCAUUAUAAAACCAAAGGGUUUCUUGACACUCAAGCCAAAUGGAAGCGAGCGAAAGAGAGAAUCCUUUUUGUUCGUUCUUCUUCGUUUAGAAUCACGACUGAGAAAGAAAAAGCUCGACAAGUUCUCUGUUAAAGAUUCCGAGUUAAAAAAAGAAAUGGGAAGAAAACGGAAUAAAAAGGGCGCGAAAGACGAAGGCAACGCCGCCGAGGUAGCCAUGGAGAAGGCGGUGCAGAGGGUGCAGGCAAUACUAAGGGAACACUCCGAACAAGAGAUCCGUGAAACGCUUCUACAAUGCAAUUUGAACCACAACGUAGCCAUUGAUCGUCUUCUUUCUCAGCAAGAUGCGAGUAAUGAGCAAGGAGCGAGUACUCAAUCGACUGAUUCACCUACUACUACUUCUUCUAGUGUCCUUCUUCCGAACCAAAGUGGUCUACCAAAUGUUCCAGUAAGCUCAGGUGAAGCAGUUCCUUUGUCAUCUGAGUCAUCUUCUAGUGCUAUAACAAAUGAUGAAACCAGGAGUGUGCCAAUUAGUUCCAGUGAAGCAGCUCCUUACUUGCCCGUGCCAUCUACUAGUGAUGUUACAAAUGGCGAAAGCAGGAGUGUGCCAAUUAGUUCCACUGAAAUAGUUCCUCGCUUGUCCGUGUCAUCUUCUAGGUAUCUAUCUUCUUAG